ACAGUUCUGCUCACAGCGCACAUCACUAGUGGAAGAGCGCAGAAAAAGCAGCUAAGAAAAAGUCUUUUCUUUUCACGGUAAAAGAAAACGGUGGCGAUUUUGGCCUGCCUUCGCAAACGAAAUCGAGCCGGAAAAGUGCAUCCGGUCGUGCAGUCCGGGAAGCAGUUGCGUUCGCGUGUGCGUGUUGUUUGCGGAGCCUUCACGCCCCGAAGCUGUGCAGAAAACAUAUCCGCCGAUCCGCCGAGGCCCAGCUAGAGCGACGACGACCGCGUCAUCUUAAUGGCCGAUUGAGGAACCGUGCGCGUAUUCCCGUGUGUGUCGACAGCAGCGCCUCUUGCCGUGGUGUACGUGAAUGCGUGCUCCUGGUACCAGCUUUCGCCACCCGUCUGUACCCGUCUGUGUGUCCGGCAGGCAGUCACGCACGCACGGCCACGGUCGAACCACGGUACAUCCAGCGACUGCUGCUCGUCCCGUCUCCGCACCAUCAGGGAGUGUGGGACAGUGUGGGGCAGUGUGGUUGCGCCUGCUCGCAGGGGGAAAAGAAAAAGUGCAACGGCGCCCUGUCGGUGGUGCGAAGAAAAACUACGCGAAAAUACACACAAGGGCGGGGUGGCAAAAUCCGCACUGUGGUCGACCGACUCCAGUUUCGGUGUCGUGGGGCGAGGAUGAUUCUCAGUUGCGCGACGCAAGUGAGAUGAAAAUUGUGCAAAAGUGAACGUGAACGUCGCCGUGGAGGGUGCAGCAAAGGGAGUAGCAGCGAGCAGGAAUCGUCUUACAGGCUGCGCUGGCUCGGAUGAUGAUGAUGGUGUCAAAUUAAAAGCUCGAAACAAGUGCAGUCAAGCUAUCAGCGGAAGCAAAAUUUUUCGUUGGUUAUGGUUUCCGUUGUUGCGUGGAGCCCGCGCGUUUGAUGAUACGUCUUCACCGGUGCACUUCCGUUCACUUGCUGCGGUAGCACAGUGACAUUACCUCCCCCACACACACAAAGUAAGGCAACAGAAACCUACCGCAGACGCAAGCCAGGACGGCAGAGGUGAAGUGUGGUAGUACAGGCCACCACAAACCCAGCGGAGAUACAUCUACAAGCGAGACAGGCCGCCGCCGGCACCAUCCCGGGUUACUGUGCUGCACGGAAGGAUAGAGAGAGAGCGAGCGAGAGCGUGUAGUGCUGAUUUCGUCGAACUUCGCCCUUGAUUGCACGCUGGCCGUGCCCUACGUCGACCGGCGGAAGUGAAAUACCGAGCACUCCCGCGCCUGUGUGUUUGUGUAUGUGUGUGUAGGUGUGCGUGUUUAUGUGUAUCUGCUGUGUGUGUGCACGUUUGAUUGUGUGUCGGAGUGCCUCUAAAUACGGUGGUGUGUGAUCCGAGGUUUUGAGAAUCUCGGUAUUUUCUCGACGAAAAAUCACUCGCACCACAGGCCGUCGCCCCUUCUCCAGCAACAUAUACAUCGUUCCUUCAAGCUCCUUCCCUCCCACUACCCUUCCCCCACGCACAGGGAGGGACAAGAAGACAACGGAUCAACCAUUGCCGUCGUGCGUGUUGAUGUAGUGGUGGAAUUUUGUGAUAAUUGAAUUAGUGCAAUAAUAUAUACGGCCGCGCGUAACCGCCGCGCCACCGUUGCCGCCACGACAGUAAAAGCAAAGAGGUUGUUCUGGGGUUGCAAGAAGAAGGAGGCCGUACACAAGGGGGCACAUGUCGAUAUAGCACGUGCUCACACGGUACUCGCGGCCACGACAGCGGAACCGAAAGUAGCAAUAGGCAAGUAGGAGCAACAAACCGGAGCCAAUUCUUCCCAGUGUGAGAACGAGCAUAGCGGUCACCCAGUUGUGCGUGUGUGAGUGCGUGCGUGUGUGCGUGUGUGUUGCAGUAGUGAUCGUUCCCGGUGGGAGCAUAUUUAAUCGUCUGAAUCGUCGGACGCGUGGCAAGUGUUUCACGAUCGCAUUCUCUCCCGCGUGUCGACAGCUGGGUCGUCGUCGGUCCCUGCCGUUCCGCCGCCCAAGAACGAAACGAAGGAUAACGGAAGCCGACGCCAACGCCGCCGCCGGAAGCGUGAGCCAAUCUCGCCGCCAGCAUGGAGUGCUGCCUGUCUGAGGAAGCCAAAGAGCAAAAGCGCAUCAAUCAGGAGAUUGAGCGGCAGCUGCGACGAGACAAGCGCGAUGCAAGACGGGAGCUGAAGCUGCUGCUGCUGGGUACUGGUGAAUCGGGUAAAUCAACAUUCAUCAAGCAGAUGCGUAUUAUUCACGGCAGUGGCUACUCGGACGAGGACAAGCGGGGCUUCAUCAAACUAGUAUACCAAAACAUCUUCAUGGCGAUGCAGUCGAUGAUACGAGCGAUGGAUCUGCUGAAGAUAUUGUACAGUGAUCCGGCAAAUAUCGAGCAUGCCGAGCUAAUACGAAGCGUAGACUUCGAGACAGUGACCACAUUCGAACCGCCAUACGUUCAAGCAAUCAAAGACUUAUGGGCCGAUGCGGGCAUCCAGGAAUGUUACGACCGAAGGAGAGAGUAUCAGCUAACAGAUUCCGCCAAAUAUUACCUUAUGGAGAUCGAUCGUGUCGCAGCACCAAACUAUCUUCCAACGGAGCAGGACAUUCUGAGAGUGCGCGUGCCCACGACCGGCAUUAUCGAGUAUCCCUUCGAUCUGGAGGAAAUUCGGUUUAGCUACUUGAGCGAUUUGGCACGUAUCGAAGCGGAAGAUUUUCUCCCGACUGAACAAGACAUUCUAAGAGCUAGGGCACCGACAACGGGCAUUUUAGAGUAUCCAUUCGAUCUGGAUAGCAUCAUCUUUAGGAUGGUAGACGUCGGCGGACAAAGAUCUGAAAGAAGGAAAUGGAUCCACUGUUUCGAGAAUGUAACAUCAAUCAUAUUCUUGGUUGCACUGUCGGAGUAUGAUCAGAUUCUGUUCGAAUCCGAAAAUGAGAACCGAAUGGAAGAAUCGAAAGCUUUAUUUAAGACCAUUAUUACGUAUCCAUGGUUCCAACAUUCGUCGGUCAUCCUGUUCUUGAACAAAAAGGAUUUGCUCGAGGAGAAGAUCAUGUAUUCGCAUUUGGUAGACUACUUCCCCGAGUACGAUGGACCACAAAGAGAUGCAAUAGCUGCCAGAGAAUUUAUACUUCGCAUGUUUGUAGACUUAAAUCCCGAUUCGGAGAAAAUAAUUUAUUCACAUUUCACUUGCGCGACAGACACCGAAAAUAUACGGUUUGUGUUCGCCGCUGUCAAGGACACGAUACUUCAGUCCAACCUAAAGGAGUACAAUCUGGUUUGAACUCGGAGAGGCAACAGUGCUUGCUUGCCAUUGGCACCUGCGUUUCGGUAUCGACUACAACAGAAGCAAAAUGGUGAACGAUCGCUGGCGAUGAUCUCGUUUACGUCAAAGGUGUGGUAUCCCUUCAUCAUUAUAUUCGCCUUUGGUGCCAUUCUACUGGAACUCUAUCAUCAUCGUUACCAACAAACCAACAAUUACACGCGCUAUUCGCGGAAGUGUCGUCACAGCAACCAACUAAAAAAAAAACAAAUGGCCGUGGCCCCAUACAGCGCACUGCACCACCCUGUGGACCGUAAAUGUAGUGGUUCAAAGUGAGCCGAGCAGCAACUUCCUCGGAGCGCUACAUCAUCAUUAGUCGUCCGUCAUUAUCGCCACACUACGGUCGCCAUCAUCAUCAUCGUCAUCGUCAUUUGCACAUCCGCAGCAAUAGCGAGCAGCACGAGCGGGCGAGCGGCAACGCGCGGAUACGAUGCUGCAGCGUCGCAGUAUCGUUUCGCGAGCUUCACUCUACAACGUGUGGCCAAUGAUCGUUCAACCUGUGAGGGCACCAUUGUCUUGUUGAGCGCAACAGUAGUCACCUUAUAUUUUAUUAAUUGAUUCAAAAGCUGAACGUCAGAUAUGUCGGACCAUGCGUGUCAACAAGACUGUGCCUGUGCUAUUUUCGAAUAGGGGGGUAUUUAUGUUCGCCUCUGGUUAUUUACAUAUACGAGCAUUAAAUUCAAUAUAUCGUUGCUUCGAUGUUUGCUUUACUGCUUGUGCAAAAGUGGGGUGAAGUCCACAACACCGUUACUGCAAUCAGAAUCUAACAAUCGUGUAUACACGCACAUGCACACACUCCCAUACUGGAACAUUUAUUUUAAUUACUCUGUGUAAAACGGCGCGACCUCGACUGUUGGGUGUGUAUAUUAUUACGAGAUCUGCUAAACUGCAUACACACAUACACACACAUUAUGUUGCAAUAACAAGACCCGUAAGUCAGUCCGUGAAUGCAACGAACAGAAGAAUACCAUCACAUAAUAAACAUAACAACAUGUGUACAGCAACUGGGUUCAUUUAGCAGCAGCUGAAUGAAUUUGCAGAGCAAUGGUGAUUAUCCUUACUUGUUAGUGUACUGUGUUUGUUUAGCUUUAUCUUCCUACACUGAUUGUAACUCUUCGCUUAGCAAGUUUAGUUCCGGCACGAACCGCUCGUAGAUACUUCCUUAAAGCCAUCUCCUUGCCAAACUAGGACAAUGUAUCGAUGUGUCGACGAUAUAGCAAUAUGUUGAUUGACUGUCUUAUUACACACUCUCACACACACACACAAAUUGUAGUCAUUUAUUGACAGUUCCUGAGCUCGAAUAGGCGUAUUUUUUGUGCGGAAUGUUUACUGCACCAAAACAGUUGCGUUUCCAAACAUAUGUUCGUCUCACGUAUCGAUGGAUGAAAGUUCGCUCUCACAUCACCCAAUAGCUAUUUCGCUUACCUGUUGUCUGUACCUCCGCGUACAAUGGCGAAUAUACGAUUUUGUUUUAUUGCAAGUUUCCUUAAAAGAAGCAAUUCAAAGAAAUCCAACUUGCUAAACCAUAGUUUCGACCGAUCCAUAGUAAUGUUUGUUACAGCACCGAAUGGAGAAAAGCUAAAAUUUAGCAGACACUAUAUUAUUAUUUUGCUUUGUAAAAAUAAUGUUAUGUGUUUUCGUGGGUUUUAGAAGGCGAUUGUGAUAUCGCGCCUUCAAACUCAUAAGAUGUUGCCGGUACACAACACUAUUUAUUCCCCUGAGUUGCAAAGAGAGAUACGUUAAUAUGUUUACUGGUACUACCAAUCGAUUCGUAGUCAGAUGCGUCGUCCUCUUCCACGUUAAAGCAGAGGAAGAACGUAUAGGUCUUGUAUUUUUGUUUACUCUUGUUUAUAGUUUCGCUAUUUGCACUUCCAUUGCCCACUUAUCCGAAUUGGCGGCUUUCGGCAACACGUUUGGCCAACACGAAACGCUAAUGCAAUCUGUGUGUUGCAAGUGUGAUAAUCACAUCACAACAAAACUCCCACAACUCAGAUACACACACCGUCAAACAGUAGAAAUGUUUGCAAUGAUCAAACGAAACACGACGGUAUCAAGUAUCAGUCGAACUGAUUGGUCGAAUAGUUCUGUUUUACACUUCAGUCUACAUCCCCCUCCCUUUGCUUAAGUUGUUGCAUUUAGGUGUCGUUGAGUGAGAGAACGUGCAGAGCGCAGAUGGGCAGACACGGGAAUGGGCAGAUUUUUACGUGCAUGAAUAUUAAGGUAAUAAUAUACAUCGGACUGUGAAUUAAAAAAAAACAUAAAACAAGAAAGCAAUCACUGAACUCAGACCAGCAGGCCCAGGCUCAUCACCACGGACAGCCAUAAUAGUGCGUAAGAGGGCUGAUUUAUGUUGAUCGCCCGUCAGGGCCACGAUUCCUGCGCCUCCCGUAAAUGAAUUGAAAACAAUACACACCCAUACACACACACUGACACACACGAGAUUCGCUUUUCAUAUCAUGAUUUUGUGUCAAACAGUUGACAGCCGCUAGUUGAAUGUGAUUAUUACCAUCGAGGGAGCGUGCGAGGAAGUCUUUGACAUGGUUUUGCUAUUAUUAUAUGUGUAUGUGUUCCAAUUUCUGGCCAAUUAAACCAAAAACAAAAGAGAGAAGAAAAGAAAACAAACGCACGAUCAGGGAAGAGAUAGAGAGGAAACUGUGUCAAAAAAGAAAAGGAAAUCCCACGGGAACUACACCAAGCAGCAGCUGUGUUAUGUGUGGGAUUUAUCCUUCCCGUUUUCACCCAAGUUGAUGUGAUAAAUCGAGAAAUGCAAACGAACGAAGCAUGGUAUCGUUUUUUAAGAACAUUUCCCAACUGCUACACUCACUUGUGAUCGUUUGAUCAGACCCAAAAGAUGCGUGUAUAAUAAUCGGGUCGUGCGGGGUAGUAUGUGUUUUGUUACGUUUUUUUUCUCCCCCUCCCCCCGCUUAUGUCUCGUUACGUUAUUAUUUUGAUUCGUUUAUCAUUUCGUUUAGUUUAAGCGUUGGACCAUGUUCAGCCUACCUUCAGCUCUAAAGGCGGAAUAAUAACCGGCUGCUACAGAAUUCAGGCAAAGUAUUGUGGAAUUGAAAAUCGGCAGCGGUAGCGAACGGGGGAGGGAAUUAGUAAUAUCCCCCCGGACACACAACCUCCCCUAACGUUAUGAAUGGUUACCUUAUUUGUAUCUGUUGUUUUGUCACCAUCAGCCUCGUUAUACAUAUAAAUAUAUAACUAUAAAUACAUAUAACUCAUAACUAAUGUAUGUGGUAAAUGUACAACCAACCCUAACCUAAUCUUUAAGUUAACUUACGCGUGUAACAGAUACCAGCGCGCGCACCCUUACUGUGUCCGUGAGUCAUCGUCUGCGUUCUUGAAAUGGGCUUUAAAAACGGUCCAAUAAAUAUAGUUUAGAAGCCGGCAAAAAUAUAAGCGGUUUCUGCAGCAAAACGCGAUCGAGAUUUUUGUUUCCCUUUUACUCCUUACUGCUCCCGAAUGUGUUUGUUGUGUACUCUGGAUGUUGUUAUCAUUGUUCAUUUGGAUUUUGGUUCGCUUCUUUCUUUCUUUCUUUUCUUUCUAUACGGCAAACAACACGACCUGAGAUGAGAUAUGCUCCCCGUUCACGUGUACAGGAUGUACGAUCACGUUGAAAUAUUAUCUCCACGUCACUGUGAGGGUAAUGGUUAGGCAUUUAACAGCAAGGCUAGAUCGAUACCAUACUAUUUGGUGACAUUCGUUUGCCACAGUUUAAUACCACAGCAUUGGAAUCGAAAGCAAAUCCGCUCACAUGAAAAUCAGUUUGAACUCCCCGCGUGGUGUUAUAGAGGACAAGUUUCCAAGCCAGCGCCAGUUUGUGAUGCUAAUGCGGUUGAAUACGUUGCUGUUAGUUGCUAAUUUACACGCCAAUUUCUCAAAGAGGAACAUUUUUAGAAACCAAAAUGUAUAUGGCACAUAUUCUUCCAAAAUUAUUUAAAAAAAAUGACAAACAUGCAGAUUGGUGGAAUUUUCUUGGGAAUUUUCGUAGUAUUAUGUUGUUUCCCAAAAUUGGCAUUAGGUGUCCCCGUUCUAAGUCAAAUGUCAAUAACAACAACGACCCUUUUGCAAGACAUUGUGAUACACAUCUAUGAUCGAGGCGCUACGUAAUAGGCUGACCAUGCGUCCCUUGGCAAUACCGGAAAACAAGCCCCGUAAUUCGAGAACCAAACAAUCGUUUAGGUAGCUAGAAAAUGGAUCUUUUAGUUAACUACUUUUCUGUCUAGAAACAUAAAGAUACAUUUCUCCUGCAAUAAUGUGUGACGGUGAGGCACACGUAUCUUGUGUGAAACUGAAUGCAACAGUACUGCAACGUUUUUUUUUUUAAUGUUCCAUCUUCCACUGACUUACGCAUGAAAGCAGGAAUGUGCCAACAAAACCAAACCAAAUUAGAAAACAUCCUCACCUGUGAGCACAUGGAUACAUUAAAACUGAAACACUUCCCAAAAGGCAUCAUGAAUGAUGGCAAUAAAAUACAUCACUUAACGCUUCUUUCCUGUACGACCAUACCGCCCAUGUUUUGCUUUAUCAUCAACUCAUAGUUGUCAAGCAUGUGGCCCUGUUUUAGGAACCGCCACCACCUCAGCUUGCAAAGAUCGAUGCGUGUGAGUGUGUGCGUGUGUGAUGUAAAAAAAAGUCGCUUUUCCCAAAAAUAAGCAUUAAAAAGUGCGUUUAUCUCAUAUCUCUAAUCAUUCUCUCCCUUCAUCAUUUUAGCUCUAUGAAAGUAUAAGAAAACGAAGAAGAAGAAAAAAACAAACACUUCUAAUACCGCCUCAUCUGCAUCACAUACAUACUUUGUGCCAUUUUCAAUCUUUGAAUUUUGUUUAGCAACGGUAACUAUAUUACAACAUCCACGUCUAUUGCACAGGCAAUUGUGUCGAAACAAAAAAGAAAAACGAACAUAAGAAAAAAUAACAAAAAAAAGGAAACAAACCAUGUGAUUCACACAUUAUUUUACACGCUGCUUUGGACGCGAAAUCACGAAACAAAAGCAAAGUGUCUGGAAGGACAUUCUCUCUUCGUCGCGCGCGCGCGCGUGUGUGUGUGUUUUGUGUUUGCGUGCGAAGUAUGACGCAAAUCACUAAAACCGGGUAUAAAAGCAAGUGAACUGCGCAAUCACAAGCAAACAUACACACACACACACACAUUAGCAGGGAGGCGAAUCAUUCCGCUGAUUCCGCGCGCGCCAUAAGAAGAAAACAGAAAAUCUUAAGUGCAGAAGAGAAAUUACAAAAUAAAAAGUAUGCGCAUCGGGCGCCCAAUGCACGUGCAACAAGUGCAAUGGAAUUAAAAAACCGGUUCGAAUGAUUAACCAGUGCGUGUGGGUGCGUGUGCGGGAGUGUGUGUGUAUGUGUGGAGGGGUGAGUUAGAACAUUCGAAGUGCAUGUGCAUGUGCAGUACAUGAGACUCGCACGCAACCAGCUCCCCCCUCACUAAGAAUGCAUAAUUAAAUUAAAGCAUUAACAAGCUACAUCGUCUCACACGGCAUGCCAAAAACGGAAUGCACACUGUACAUAUAUGUGCAAUAAGGUGCGGGAAGUGCAUGUGUGUGUGUGGGUGUAUGUGUGUGUGGAGAUCUGGGGUAGAAGAGAGAGAGAGAGAGGAACGCAUCCAAACAGUAGUAGACGGUACGGAGCAUUCGAAGCUGCAGCUCUUCGAAGGAAACUUACAUAUAUCUCGAACAAAAACAAAAGGAAACCAAAAGUAAUAUACGGCCUCAGCACCAUUUUUCGAUCGAAAAAAUUCGAUAGGCGCUCACGUAAAACUGACAGUAUAACUAUUUCUUUCAUACUCCUGCAUGAAGUCGAUUCCCAUCGAGUUCAGUACUUAGUGUAGGCAAACCAUUUUUUAAAAUAUUUAAUAAAUGAUUUUUUAUCACCCAAAAUAUUGAAAAAGAACCAGAACAAUUACCAACUUGCUUUUACAUAACGUUUUUCAAAACCAUUAACCUUAAUUUAUGGCAUUUUUCUGAUAUUCGAAAAUUUCCGCAGCUCAAUGAGUUGCGGAUUUUUCGCCAUACAAAGCGGAACGAUCGAAUUUUUGUAGCAAAGUUCAUUUUGCUCGUGAGUGUCAUGGUAUACCAGUUUUCAAAAAAACCAGUAAAAUGAACACCUUGGCGGCGAAAUGAGUGUCAAAUGACACCAAAAUGACAGCCGGAUCGAUCGAAUUUUUUCGAUCGAAAAAUUGUGCUGAGGCCGAUAAUGUAGUAAGGCAACAGUUGCAAUCUUCUGGAUGGAUGAUGAUAAAGAAGAAGAAGAAAAAGAAAAAGAAGAGCAACAACGGAAAAAAACAUCACGUAAAAACAAUGCAAACAAAAGGAUAAACCAAAAUUAACAAUGUUUAUCAAAAGAUUGUGCAACUGCAGAAUAGAAAAAGAGAGGAGAAAAGAACAAACAAAACUAUCUAUACAUACAUUACAAAAACAAACCCAGUUAGCGAUACCAGUGAGAGAAUGGGAUGAGAGCGGGAGAGCACAUAAUACGCUCCUGUGUUGCUAAGGUGUGCAAUAAGAUGGGAGGAAGGAAAAGGAAAAGAAGCGAAAAGAAACAAACUAAACAAAAAGCGAACGUUUUCUGAAGCAGCAUCCAAGUAGGUUUGACCAAAGUUUUUAGACAGCAGAGAGAACUCAGCAGAGAAGCAAAGCAGCACAGAGUGUAGUGAAUGUGUGUGUGUGUGUG